AUGUCUGACACCUACCAACGCAGGCUAUCGCGGCAGCUCGCUGACUUCAUUUCUACUCCUUUACCACCCACUCCUUCGCCGUUGGCCCACUCACGAACAACCACAUCGUCUCUUAAAACCAUGGCUACUUCUCUCACCACCUUUCGCCUCGCUUCCAGAUCAACCUCCGCGGCGCACACACGACUCUCAACGGGGCUGCUUAGACGAACGUACGUUACCUCACCCGAGGAAGAGGAGAAAGACGUCCACUACGUUAUCAACUGCAUCACUCAAGGGCACGUAACCGACCCUAACAAUCGUCACAAACGCGACCCCAUGUCUCAAGCCUAUCGAGCCGGGAUGCAAGCGCGCAUACUGUCCGAUGCUGAAUUCGACGCAGCGUCGAUGCAAAAGAAGGAGGUACCGCAUGAAAUGGGCAGGGGGAACAAGGAACAUGUUGGGUGGGUUGAUCAGGUUGGGAGUGCGACGCCUAGCGCGGAGUAUUUUGAGAACACCAGUGAUCCUGAACGGAAGAUGAGGGAUCCUAAGUAG